UUGAGGCUUGAUGAUAAUUUGAAAGAAAUUCGGAAAGAACUUGCCAAGUCUUCCAAGUCUUUUAAAAUGAAUGAAAAAUUAUUUGAAGAUAAAAAAGGUAUUAUAAUAUUGGAAGAAGAAGAAGAUCAGUUUGAAUUAAAUGGUAUUGCUAAAAAAAGUGAUGGUUCAAAUCAAUUUGAAAUUUAUCUUAUCCAAAAUGAAGUUGACGUAUUUGUUCAUUUAUCAUCAGAGAAUUCAUAUUCGUUUAAAUUAAAACUUGAUGAUAAAUUAACAAAAAUUCGGAAAGAAGUUGCAAAAAAAAGUGUAAUUAAAAUGGAUGAAAAAUUAUUUGAAGAUAAAGAAAACGAUAUUACAAUAUUGGAAGAAGUUGAAUAUCAAUUCUAUUUAAAAGAUAUUGUUAAAAAAAGAAACGAUUCAAAGGAAAAUAAAUUUGAAAUAUAUCUUAAAUCAAAACCAUCUAAUUUUAGCCAAAAUGAAGAGAAAUUGAAUGUAUCGGUUCAUUUAACACCAGAAGAUAAAAUAUUGUUUAAUGAUUUGAGACUGGAUGAUAAAUUAACAAAAAUUCGUGAAAAACUUACAGAAGUGAGUGAAAUUAAAAUGGAUGAAAAACUAUUUCAUAAUGAAAAGAAAGGUACUAUAACACUCCAAAAAGAAGACAAUUUCAAAUUAAAAGAUAUUGUUAGUAAAAACGAAAAUUCAGAGAAUUCAUAUGUUCUAAUUUUAAAAGAAAAUUUAUGGAAAAUUUUGAAUAAAAGAAAUAAAUUAGAUUAUGGAAUUAAUAAGAUUUUAAAGAGAGUGAACGUGAGAGCAUUUGUAAUGAAAGAUUGUCAUGUUUCUGAACCAAAUGUAAAAUACCUAUAUGUAAAAAAUGAAAGUAAAGAUGAUCAAACAGUGGGAAAAGAUUUAUCUUUUAACGUAGAUCCUAGUAGUAUAGUUAGUACUAUACCAAUUUCAUUUAGGAUAGCAGGAAAUAAAAGUGAUGGAAUUGAGACAAAUUCAUCAGACGAAACCACUUAUAAUUAUAAAAAAACUUUAGAAUUUAGAAAAUUUUUGGAACCAACUAAAGAUUUUAUAGAAGUAGUGAAAAGUGCUGUAGAUACAAUAAAUCCAAAAAAUUCUAAAAAACUUAAAGAAAUCAUUGAAGAUUUUGGACAAGUUAUUCCAACAGAGAUCAUUAUGG